UGCGCCGUGCGGCGACACUAGACAUGAGCGUUCCGCGUGCAAAUUUAAGGAUUACGUGUGCGACACGUGUUCACGGUGUCGGUCAUUUACGGCGUGUGUGUCCCGAAAAGGAGGGGCACAGAGCUAGGGCAAGACCUGGAGCGACAAAGAAAUGGGGAACCAGUCAGGAGUACGCAAGUGGCUCGGGAGGCCGCGGCUAUAACGAGAGGGCAUGGACCGGCCGGGGAGGCAGCACGGCCGGCAGGAGGCGGCGAGGCGCGCGCUCGGGCGCGGCGCCCGCGCACCAGCACUGCAUCCGGGAGCACCCCGGGCCGGCCGAGGAGGCGAGCUGGCGGGGCGACGGCGGCGAGGGCGCGGGCCCUAGCCGACGCACGGACAGCGACGACGAAUGGCCGAUAUAUCAAAUGGGACUGAGUCAAUAUCCACCGGUUUAAAGAUGUGUUCGACGGAACCCUGGGUUGCUUCACCGGCGGCCGGGCCACGCUGCAGCUGCGCGAGGGGGCGGUGCCUGUGUAUUGCCGGGCGCGACCUUUGCCCUACGCGCUACGUCAGCGCGUGGACGCCGAAUUGGACGCCAUGCUGGCGUCGGGCGUCAUCACACCGGUCGACCACUCGGACUGGGCGACACCGCUGGUGGUGGCGCACAAAGCGGACGGCGCCAUCAGACUGUGUGCGGACUACAAGGUUACGCUAAACAAGGUACUAAUGGUAGACAGAUAUCCCGUGCCCAGGAUUGAUGACCUGUUAAGUAAUAUUAGUGGCUACAAAUAUUUUUCCAAGCUUGAUCUAUCACAGGCCUAUAACCAGAUUCUUUUGGAUGAUACGGCAAGAUAUACGGUGGUCAACACACAUAGAGGUUUAUUUCAAUAUAACCGUCUCGUUUAUGGUUUGUCCUCGAGUCCCGGCAUAUUUCAAAGGAUCAUGUUAAAUUUGUUCAAAAAUAUGCCCCAUGUUAUUGUCUUUCUUGACGAUAUAUUGAUCACUAGUAAAACGAUACAAGAACAUAAUCAACAUAUACAGGAGUUCUUGCACAUAUUGCAAGGUAACGGGUUAAAAGUAAGAAAAGAUAAAUGCGAGUUUUUUGUAGAUGAGGCUAAAUAUUUAGGGUUUAUUAUAAACAAAGACGGCGUGAGGGUUGACACGGAUAAGGUGGCACCGAUUAUUAAAAUGUCGCCUCCCACCAAUGUUUCCGAGGUCAUUCUUGGGUAUGGUUAACUUUUACGGGAAAUUUAUUAAGCAUUUGAGCGAUAUUCUGGCUCCUCUUUACGACUUACUUCGGAAAGGUAAACAUUGGGUGUGGGGUGGCAGGCAGAAUGACAGUUUUAUCAAAGUUAAGAAGGCGUUGUGCAG